AACCUAUAAAACAAUUAUGAUGUUGAUUUUACUUAAAACUUAAUUAUUAAUUUAAAAACUUAUGUAAGGCUUGGAUCAGAAUUCAGAACAGAAGAAGUGGAAGACUACAAUGGCCUCUGUUUCUUUCACCCUCUUUUCCUUUCUCCGUUUUCUCUGUGUCAUCGUAAUCAUAUCACAGAGCAGAGCCCAAACACCCUGUGAUAACAGCAAAGGAAACUACACAAUAAACAGCACCUAUCACAAUAACCUCAACACCCUUUUAUCCAGCUUCUCUUCCCACACACAAAUCAACUAUGGUUUCUACAAUCUCUUAUAUGGCCAAGGGGAGGACCAAGUAUUCGCCAUUGGGCUCUGCAGAGGCGAUCUUAAACCCGAUGAGUGCCUUAAAUCUCUCAAUGAUUCCAGAGUGUCUCUGGCAGCGAGUUGUCCAAACCAGAAGGAGGCCAUUACGUGGACGGUAGAGUGCAUGUUGCGGUACACUAACCGCUCCAUAUUUGGCGUUAUGGAAAACCAACCUACGAAUGAUAACUACUACGGUUUAAAUGUAACGGGUUCGGUGGCAGAAUUCAAUGCAGCGCUGGAGAGCUUGAUGAGGAAUCUAACACGCAUAGCUGCAUCUGGUGACUCUCGCCUUAAGUAUGCCACUGGCAGUACUCCUGCUCCAAAUUUUCGAACCAUAUACGGUCAGGCACAGUGUACUCCUGAUCUGUCAUCCGAAGAUUGCACCAAGUGCUUGGAUGAAGCUGUCUCAAAAAUCCCAGAUUGCUGUAGUGGGAAGGCUGGAGGCAAUGUUGUAAAACCCAGUUGUAGAAUUAGAUUUGACCCUUAUAUCUUCUAUGGACCUACGCUGAAACUAGACCCAGAUGCGCCACCAUCCUCUUCCACCAGCAAUACUUCUUCAUCACGAGCAAAGAGCAACACAGCACGGACUAUCAUCGCCGUAGUAGUGCCAGUUGCUUGUGUUGUUUUUCUGCUCGCUCUUCUCUGCAUCUAUUUAAGCCUAAGGAAGCAAAGAAAAAAAAUUGAAUUUGAAAGAGAAGAAGAAAGUGAUGAAGAUGAAGUCGCAUUUAUUGAGUCAUUGCAAUACAACUUCAACACCAUACGUGUUGCUACAAAUGAAUUCGCUGAUUCUAAUAAACUUGGACAGGGCGGGUUUGGAGCUGUUUACAAAGGUCAGCUUUCCAAUGGGCAAGAGAUUGCUGUCAAAAGAUUGUCAAGAGAUUCUGGGCAAGGGGAUUUGGAAUUUAAGAAUGAAGUGCAAUUAGUGGCCAAGCUUCAGCAUCGAAAUUUAGUUAGGCUACUUGGCUUCGGCCUGGAAGGAAGAGAAAGGCUACUUGUCUAUGAAUUUGUUCCUAAUAAAAGUCUUGAUUACUUCAUAUUUGAUCCAACCAUGAAACCUCAAUUGGACUGGCAAAUGCCCUACAAAAUCAUUAAAGGUAUUGCUCGAGGCAUUCUCUACCUUCACGAAGAUUCUAGACUACGGAUUAUUGAUAAUGCAGAUUUUUACCAUUAUUUAAGCAUCAAUUUAGUAGUAAAAUCAACUCCUUUCUAACUUGUAACUUGUUUAAUCCUCUUCUUUUGUCAUGUUUUCUAAAUAAAUGUGUUUUAGGCUACAUUGAUGUAUUAUCAUCACUAAUCCCCUUAUUUUGUAGCUAACAUUAUGCUUAGAAGAACCUCCACCAAUGUAUAGAGCUUAACCAGCCACAAAAGCAAAUAAAACAAAAGAGAGAAUUUUGAAAUGCUGUGGCUGAGCGGCACAGUUUCUGUGCAGCUGAGCGCCACCCGACCAGACUGGUUGUAGCUGAACAACACCUGAUCCGACUUGCUGCCGCUGAGCGGUACAGGUUCUGUGCAGCUGAGCGCCAGCUCCCUGGAAUGUUGUCGCUGGCGUGCAGCUGAGCGCCAGCUCUCUGGAAUGCUGCCGCUGGGGUGCAGCUGAGCGGUGACGCUGCUGAUGUGUCAAAAUUGCCUAUUUAUUGAAGUUGUCUCGAAGCAUUUGGGGUCUUUGGUUCUUUGGAGGUGCAAUUCACUCAGAGGAGAGCUUGGAGGGCUGCUAGGGUUCGUGGGAACACUCCCUUCUUCCUCUUGGGUUCUUCAUCUUCUUCCAUGGUCAUUUUGUAAGCUUAAAGGCUCUCCAUGGAAAUGGAGAGCCAAACCCAUCUUGUUGGGGUUAGUUGUAGCCAUUGAAUUCUUGUGUAAUUGUUGAAUGAUUUGAAUAUAUAUAUAUGCCUUUUCUAUCAA